GGGCCGGGCCGCGGGCGAUGGGUGCGGGCGAUACGCUGUGGGGGCCCGGGGAGGGCCCCGCCGGGCCCCGGGAGUGGAAUCAGACGUGGCAUACAAACACCUCAGGAUUUACCUGGUGCUUUGAGAGCUCAGUCAUCACCUGGAUCCCUUGUGCCUAUCUUUGGAUCUGUUUUCCUUUCUACUACCUGUAUCUUCGACACAGGAACAGGGGCUAUAUCAGGAUGUCCCGCAUCUUCAAAACCAAAAUGGUCCUUGGAUUCAUUCUGGUGAUGCUGUGUUUUACUAAUGUUUUCUUCAUGCUGUGGGAGAUAAGCCAAGGAAUCCCACGGGCUCCAGAGUUCUUCAUCAGUCCUGCUGUGAUGGGAAUCACAAUGAUCCUUGCCAUGUUCCUUACCCAGGCAGAAAGAAUGAUGGGCAUCCAGUCUUCAGGGGUCCUGUUGAUUUACUGGCUGCUCUCAUUUGUGGCUGCAGUUGUGAUGUUUAGUUUCAAAAUUCAACAUGCCCUGGAAAGAGCCUUCUUGGAGGACCAUUUCCACCAUGUUACAGCUUUCCUUUAUGCCAGCCUGGUGCUAGGAGAACUUGUGUUAUUCUGCUUAGUUGAUCACCCUCCCUUCUUCUCUAAAGAUGUCAACAAUCCUAAUCACUGUCCAGAAGCCAGAAGCUCUUUUCUUUCCAAAAUCACAUACUGGUGGUUCUCUGGGCUUCUCUGGAAAGGCUCUCAGCAGUCCUUGGGUGUGGAUGACUUGUGGCCAGUGAGGAAAGAGGACUCUUCUGAAGAAAUUGUUGCCUGGGCAGAAAGAGAGUGGAAGAAGUGUCACAGCAGAACCCAGCAAGAAAGGGAGUCUGCUACAUUUAAAAAGGGUCAGAAGACUGAAACUGGCAUAGCAGAAGCUGAAGAGACAGAGGCUCUGCUGCAAUCAAAGCACAGUGAGAGCGGGUCCUUACUGAAAAUGUUUUGGAGCAUGUUUGGAACCUAUUUCCUCCUCAGCACUGUCUGCUUAGUUAUCUGUGAUGUCUUCAUGUUCUCCAUCCCAAAGUUACUGAGCCUUUUCCUGAAGUUCAUUGAAGAUCCAGAAGCCCCCAGCUGGCUUGGCUAUUUCUAUGCCUUCACUAUGUUCCUUUUGGCUUGUCUCCAGACUCUGUUUGAGCAACGCUACAUGUACAUGUGUCUUGUUCUGGGGUUGAGACUGAGAACUGCAGUAACAGGGCUUGUGUACAGGAAGAUCCUACUUAUGUCAAAUGCCUCAAGGAAAGCAGCAACCAUAGGUGAAAUUGUUAAUCUGGUAUCUGUUGAUGUCCAAAAGCUAAUGGAUCUGAUUAUCUAUUUUAAUGGGACCUGGCUUGCUCCUAUUAGGAUUAUCAUCUGCUUUGUGUUCUUGUGGCAGCUUCUAGGGCCAUCUGCCUUGACUGCAAUUGCUGUAUUCCUUUUUCUUCUGCCUCUGAAUUUCGUGAUCACCAAGAAGAGGAGUCAGUUUCAGGAGACCCAGAUGAAACAUAAAGAUGAGCGGGCCAAACUCACCAAUGCCAUUCUCAGUGACAUUAAAGUAAUCAAACUGUAUGGCUGGGAGAACACCUUCAUGGAGAAAGUGCUAGGGAUCCGGAAGCAAGAACUUCAGGCCUUAAAAAGAUCUCAGAUUCUCUUCUCAGCAUCCCUAGUUUCUUUCCAUUCAUCAACUUUCCUGAUUGCAUUUGUCAUGUUUGCUGUCUACACCCUGGUGGAUAACACACACAUCCUGGAUGCUCAGAAGGCCUUUGUGUCUCUAACACUGAUCAACAUCCUCAACACUGCACACUCCUUCCUGCCCUUCUCCAUCAACGCUGCUGUCCAGGCCAAAGUUUCUUUAAACCGCUUGGCAGCUUUUCUGAAUCUGGGACAACUGAAUCCUGAGAGCUCAUGCAGAAGCACUUCUGGCUGUGCACAGGCAAGUAUCACCAUAAGAAAUGGGACUUUUUGCUGGAGCAAAGAAACUUCUCCUUGUCUUAGAAGGAUAGAUCUUACUGUGCCCCAAGGCUCUCUGCUUGCUGUAGUUGGCCAGGUGGGUGCUGGGAAGUCCUCCUUGCUGUCAGCAUUACUUGGUGAGCUGGAGAAACUGGACGGCUCCGUGACCAUGAAGGACACUGCAGCUUAUGUCCCCCAGCAAGCUUGGGUUCUAAAUGCUUCAGUGGAAGAUAAUAUUCUCUUUGGGAAAGAGAUGGAUGAAACAUGGUUCAAUAGAGUGAUAUAUGCUUGUGCACUGCACCCUGAUUUGGAGAGCUUCCCUGCAGGGCAGAAGAGUGAAAUAGGAGAAAAGGGAAUAAAUCUGUCUGGAGGGCAAAAGCAAAGAGUGAACCUUGCUCGUGCUGUGUACCAGAAGGCUUCGAUUUACCUCCUCGAUGAUCCCCUCUCAGCUGUUGAUGCCCACGUCAGACAGCACAUUUUUGAACACGUUCUUGGACCCAAUGGUUUACUGAAGGACAAGACUCGUGUGCUGGUGACUCACACAAUCAACAUUUUGCCUCAAGUGGACAACAUUGUUUUUCUGGUGGAUGGAAUGAUCUCAGAAACUGGUUCAUACCAAGAACUUCUACAGAGAAAUGGGGCCUUUGCAGAAUUUCUUCAAUCACAUGUUACUGCAGAAGAGAAGGCAUGUGCUGGUUUUCCAGCUACAGAAGGCACCAAAGGCACCAUCACAUCUAGAAAUGGUCCAUCUCAGGAGAAACUCUCUAGUGGCAAUUCAGUCAAAUCAUCUGCUGUGAGAAGGGAGACCAUUCCUGUAAGUCAAGACUGUACCAGUGCUGCAGCCACCAAAGGAAGAUUAACUAAGGGAGAGAAAACCCAGCAUGGCAGGGUCAAUACUGGGGUUUAUGCAGCCUACCUGAGGGCAACAGGCUCAGCCCUGUGUGUGUUCAUCCUCCUGUCCUUCGCCUGCCAGCAAGCUGUGUCGUUCUCUCGGGGUUACUGGCUCAGCAUGUGGGCAGAUGACCCUGUUCACAACGGGACACAACAGCACACGGAGCUGAGAGUUGGAGUCUUUGGUGCAUUAGGAGUAGUUCAAGCCCUCAGCAGGUUUACCUCCACAGCAGCAGUGCUGCUGGGUGGCGUGUUAGCCUCUCACCAGCUUUUUCUGCAGCUGCUGAGCAAUGUCACGAGAUCCCCAAUGGUCUUCUUUGAGCAAACACCCAUUGGAAACUUGCUGAACCGCUUCUCCAGAGAAAUGGAUGCUAUUGAUUCUGUCAUCCCUGACAAGCUGAAGUCCUUCCUGGGAUUCUUGUUCAACUUACUGGAGAUCUACCUUGUGAUUAUAGUGGCUACACCAUGGGCAGCGAUGGCCAUAGUGCCCUUGACUGUUGUUUAUGCUGCAUUCCAGCACUUCUACGUCAUCACCUCCUGCCAGCUGAGGCGUAUGGAGGCCGCCAGCAGGUCACCCAUCUACUCCCACAUUUCAGAAACUUUCCAAGGGAGCAGUGUGAUCCGUGCUUACAAGGACCAGGAGAGGUUUAUUUUGAAGAGCAACUUUCUAGUGGAUGAGAAUCAGCGAAUAUGCUUCCCUGGAGCUGUUGCUGACAGGUGGCUUGCUACAAACCUGGAGUUUCUAGGCAAUGGCAUUGUAUUGUUUGCAGCACUAUUUGCAGCAAUGGGCAGAACACAUCUUAGUCCAGGAACCGCUGGCUUCUCCAUUUCAUAUGCUCUUCAGAUAACUGGUGUUCUGAACUGGAUGGUGCGCUCCUGGACAGAAAUAGAGAACAACAUUGUUUCUGUGGAGAGAGUGAGAGAAUACUUGGGCACUCCCAAGGAGGCACCCUGGACUCUGAAUGGCAAACCUGAAGGUCAAGUUUGGCUCACUGAAGGAAGGAUUGAAUUUAGAAACUAUAGUCUGCGAUACAGGCCAGAUCUGGAGUUAGCACUGAAGCACGUCAGUCUAACCAUCCAUGGGCAAGAGAAGAUUGGCAUAACUGGAAGAACAGGAGCUGGGAAAUCUACUCUUGCUGUGGGAUUGCUGCGAUUGGUGGAGGCUGCAGAAGGAGUGAUUCUAAUUGAUGGACGGGAUAUUGCUCAACUAGGUCUCCAUGACCUAAGAACCAAGAUAACUGUCAUUCCCCAGGAUCCAGUUUUGUUUUCUGGCUCUCUAAGAAUGAAUCUCGACCCACUAAACCAAUACACUGAUGCAGACAUCUGGACAGCUUUGGAACUGACUCAGCUCAAGAACUUUGUUGCAGAUUUGCCAGAGCAGUUGGAAUAUAAAUGCACUGACCAAGGGGAAAACCUAAGCACUGGUCAGAAACAGCUGGUUUGUCUGGCCAGAGCACUCCUGCGGAAAACCAAAAUCCUCAUUCUAGAUGAGGCCACAGCAGCAGUAGAUUUAGAAACUGAUCUUCAGAUUCAGUCCACCCUGAGGACUCAGUUCAAAGACAGCACAGUGUUAACAAUAGCUCACCGGAUAAACACCGUCCUGGACUGUGACAGGAUUUUAGUCUUGGAAAAUGGUCGGAUAGCUGAAUUUGAUACUCCAGAACACUUAAUAGCUCAGAAGGGACUAUUCUACAGACUGAUGGAAGAAUCAGGCCUUGCAUGACUCACUUAUGGAGUAUCCCACACGACCACCGCUAUCAGGAAUAAUUCAUCUCAUAAUUGAGUUGUUAUCUUGGUUUCUGUCUAAAAUGCCUGACACUCAUCCAAAGCUUGUUUAAGCCAUAACCACAGUGAGUAGAUGAAAAGGGAUGACUUGAGAUACACAUUAUUUCCAUAAGAAACUUAGAAAUUCCAUUUUCAUUGUUUCCACAUACCAAAACCUCACUUAACUGUUGAAAAUGAGCCAGUCAGGACUUAAAUGUUUUUCUGGUAUAAAAGCAAACAAGCCAAAAGAAAAAAGGCCACAGCAUUUCCAGUUUAUUCUAUAAAUGGAGCCCAAAUAUCUGCCAUACUUAAAGAUUACACAGAUUACUUUUAAAAGCCAACAAGAUUUUAUGGACAGCGAGGGAGAAUUUAACUGGUAGCAAGCAAACCUAACUGUCUGCAGUUUAUCCAAGGCUCCAGGCAGAACAAAUGUGGCAUUUUGUCGAUGUCUUUAGGACUGCUUACCUGGGCGCUGUUUUUACACAGAUGUGGGCUCCAAGGCAGCAGCUGGAGCUUGUCAUCCAAGGGAGGAGGGAGGGGGGAGAAGAAGUGGGAUGCCUGUUGUGGCAGCUGAGGAUCAGAUCCAUUCCAUCUCCCUGUCAGCUGUGGAGGUGCCCUGAGCCAUCAUGCUGUGCAGAGGGUGACACUGCCUGCAGGAACAAAGCCAGUUUCCACAUGGGUUCAAGGAUGCAGGACAGGAACUUGGCUGGGAGUGGGGAACAGAGCAUUGCUCCUUCUGCUGAAGGUUUGGAGCGGCCCUGCCAAAUGCUGGAGGUCACAGCAGAGCAUGACCAAGCGUUGACACCAACAUUUCCAAAUUGAAUUUGGCCACCAGGAAUUUACAUGAGAAAAGUAGCAAUAAUUCACCUGUUGACCUGAUGGUUCAUUCCUGGUUUUCUUCUGGAGUGCAGGUUUUACCUCCUGCAUGUGCCGCCCCGGGGCUGCAGAGCCUCUGGCACGGUCAUCUUUCAGGUGCUACUUCAACAAACCAAAUGGCAGCUGACAGGAAAACCUUCCUGGGCUUCCCACAGUGUCGAGGGGCUGCAGUCAGAGCUGCCCCCAAGUCUCUCCUCAGGAAUCACAACACAACAAUGUGACAGACAUAUAUACACUGUGAGAUACUGCUGUUUACUGUGACUUUUGUUACAGCACUUAAUUUUCUAGAGAGCUGAAAUAAAAAUAUAAUCAAGUAUUGAAA